AUGACAAGUGUUCUACCCGAACUCGAGGGCUCGAUGAGUAUCAAGGAGAGAAGACAAUUACUUUUACAGAAGGGACUUGCUAUUGCACAAGAGCAACCACAACAAGAACAAUCAAAGCCUUCCUCUUCUUCUACAACAAAAACUCUUGGACGUUCUUCAUCAAUUCAUAAAGUCAAUGCUCCUGUUCUAACACCUUCAUCAUCAUCAUCCAAUAAUAACAAUGAUUUAAUAACCUCUAAUACUGCUAAUAAUACUUCUAAUAAUAAUGAAAGUUUUUCAAGUAUAAAGGACAGAAUUAAACUAUUAGAUAAGAAGCCUUCUUCCAUUCCAACCGAACAAGCAACAACUACAAAUCCACCACCAAUACAACAAACGUUUAUUCCAACUCCUUCAUCAGCAUCAUCAUUUGUAAUUCCUCAACCUCCUCCUUCUCUUCCUUCCACCAAUAAUAAUACUAAUACUACAAAUAAUAAUUUAAAUACAAUUAAAACAACCAAUACUACUGGUGCUGUUGGUGCUUCAAUUAUUAAUCAACAACCUUUCAUUCCUCCACCUCCUUCCUCUCUCUUUUCCUUUGAUAAAAUCAAGGAAUUGCAUCGUGAUGAAUAUGAAGAAUUUGAAUAUCAAUUAAAACAAACAGAAUUGGAAUUAGAAGCUUCUAAUCCAAAUAUUCAACAAUAUGCACAACAAGGAGAUGAAGAAGAACAUGAACAAAUCCCUCCUCCAACAAGUUUCCAAUUAGAUGGAAAAAAUAGGAAGACUUUGAUCAACGUUGGUGCUUCUUCUUCUCAUCCUCCAAUAAGUGCUAAGAGUGCUGAGAGUGGUGGUGUUGUGUAA